AAAAAGUAAAUAGAUCCAAAGGACCCAUCAGUAACCAUGUCUGUCCCAGCGCAUAUCAUCAUUAGAAUUUCUUUGAAUGUCUUCAGGACAGGGGCCAGGAAAAUGAUCUACAGGGGCUCUGGCCCCCAUUGUCCCUGCUCUAGAACAACCUCUAAAUUGAAGAUAUAAGAAGUUGAUGUGAGUGAAGUGAGUGUGGUAUAAAACAUCUGUAUCUAUACCCUAUGCCCUCAGGCAACUACGAUAUCUGACACGCUGGACAACAAAGCCAUUCUAAAGCAUAUAUCAAUGCAAUUCCAAGGCUUCAGAAGACUGCAAGAAGUCCCUUCCAGUCAUACCAGGCAUCUCCUCUUCAUCUGGAACCAUGAUAUACGCUGGAAGUAUUGGGACACAGAUUGCCAACGAGCUACUGGAUUUUAACAAGAUGAAUUCAUCACCUUCCAGUGGGAACGUCAGUCCAUUCAGUCUGGUUCAGGAUAAAUCGCCCCAGACUCUCAAUCAGAUCAACAGUGUGCCAAAUGGAGAAACUUCUGACAUGGAGAUUCCUGGAAAGUCUAGCUCGGAGGGUGAGCCUCAAGGGGCUUCGUUCUCAGGAGGAGACUCUCUUAUGGGGGAGAGUUCCCAGCUGGAUUUGGACAGUGUUGUCGGAGCCAGCCUGAACAGUCUGAGCAACGGCGAAGCAGCCAUGGCAGUGAUCAUGAGCCUGCUGGAGACCGACACAAACUUGGGAGAAACCGUAGACUUUGAAGAGAUGCACUGGUCCUUAUAGAACCUGCUGUUGGGAAACAGGAAUGCUAACUCCAAAAAAGAAGCAUUUAGGGUAUUUUAUUUUAUUUUCCCCCCAAGACUUAAUUUAUUAGUUCUUCCCUUUCAUGACAAGCUGGACAU